AAUGUGUUGCAGUAAGCAAGCAGUGUUUUAUCGAGAUGGAUCAAUGGUAUGGAAAAUUAGCCCUGGUGACCGGCGCCAGUUCCGGGAUCGGGGAGGCUAUCACCAUAGCUCUGCUUCACCAUAAUGUUAACGUAGUGGGCUUAGCCAGGAGAUUGGACAAGAUGAAAAAAUUGGAGGAACAAAUGAAGAGCGCUGGAGGAAAGUUUUAUCCUGUUCGCUGCGAUGUCCGCAAGGAACAGGAAAUUCUGGAUGCUUUUAAAUUUGUCGAGCAGCUCGGAGGAGCUGACAUUUUGGUGAACAACGCCGGCUUGGGAUUCCACGAAACUAUCUCAGGUACCAUACUGUGCUUUAUUUAUUGUUGUAAUGUAGAAAUCAGAAGGACUUUAAAAGUGAGAACCAAAAGAAGGGAUCAAGUGUGA